ACCCAAGAACGCGCACGCACCGACCUUCCUACAUUACCGCCUUGAACCCUCCCCCCCAUAUACCCAUAACUCCUACUACUACCCACUCCCAAUCCUCAAAGUAUCUCCGUCCCCGUCCGUACCUCUAAUCUCUCCCCUUUUGAUCUUCACUUUUGAUCUUUCACUUCGCUGCCUCUCCUCUCUUCCUACUACACCUACACACCUACAACUACCGCCGCACACCCUCGAGAAGAGCCCAUCUUCAACCUCACGCUUUCCACUCUCGGUCUGCCACAGCCACCCUCUCUCUCUUCCUCCUCCUUCUCUUUGGGCAUCGACGACCUCCAACAACCUCCCCAACUCCUCCUCCCAACGGCUCGGGCGGAAACCACUCCCUCGAUGUCCGUCCACUCCUCCUCCGGGUCCUCGUCACCCACCUUCACCAAGCCCAAGCUCCCCUUCGGUUGGCCCUCCUACAUACUCACCAACCCCAUCCCGCGCCGCUACCGCCGCCGUCUGCGCUCGAAGCUGCACGCGCGCCAGUCCCCCGCCUCAGCACUCUCCUCCAUCGAGACCUCCUUCUCGCCGUAUGUCACGCUGCACAAGCUGCAGAAGCGGAGGUGGAACCUCUAUGAUGCGCAGAACAUCUUCUUGGUCAUAAUAUUGCUCUUCUCGGCGGCGAUUACGCCGUCGGCGCCCAUAAUUAAGGCGGGCAUUAUAUUGCUAGCUCUUAUUGCGGCGGUUAUUCCUAUUACAAGCCAAUUCCUCAUUCCGGCACUGCCAGUGUUGACCUGGGUCAUCUUCUUCUUCGCCGCUCGCUUCAUCCCCAGCGAAGCCCGCCCCGGCAUCUGGGUGCGCGUCCUCCCCGCCCUCGAAAACAUCCUCUACGGCGCCAAUCUCUCCAACAUCCUCUCCGCACACCAACACGUCGUCCUCGACGUCCUCGCCUGGUUCCCCUACGGCAUCGUGCACUUCGGCGGCCCCGCCGUGGCAGCAUUCAUCUUCUUCAUCUUUGCCGCCCCGGGCACCCUGCCCAUCUACGGCCGCUCCUUCGGCUACGUCAACCUCACGGGUGUCAUCAUCCAGGUCCUCCUCCCCUGCGCGGCGCCCUGGUACGAGAAUCGCCAUGGUCUCGCGCCGGCGAAUUACGGGAUGCCUGGAUCCCCUGCUGGGUUGGCGAGGAUCGAUGCAUUGUUUGGGGUGGAUCUUUAUUCGACGAACUUCACGAAUGCGCCGGUUGUCUUUGGUGCGUUCCCUUCGCUGCACGCGGGGAAUGCGGUCAUUGUCAUGCUGUUCAUGUCCUACUGCUUCCCCCGCUUCAAGCCCUUCUUCGCAUUCUACGUAAUGUGGCUGUGGUGGGCCACCAUGUACCUCUCCCACCACUACGCCGUCGACUUGGUCGCCGGCUCCAUGAUCUCCGGCGUCGUCUUCUACAUCGCGCGCGCGAACUUCCUGCCGCGCCGCCAGGCGGACAAGUCGACGAGGUGGGACUACGAUUAUGUCGAGAUUGGCGAGGUGGCGGGCGGGGAGCAGGAAUACGAUCUUGCGGAGCUUGGAUACAGGCAGAGGCUCCUGGUGGAUGAGUGGUCGGUGGGAGGCGUGAGCAGCGAGGAGAGCGGGAGCGCGAGUCCGGAUGAUGGGGGGAGUUUGUGGGAGGGGGAGACGCUGGGGGGGAGGGAGUCGACGGAUAGGGAGAGUUUGGCUGAGAUUGUGUUGGUGAGGUAGUGAGAUUUACUGCCUUUGCUGCACGAUUUUGGAAGCACUCUACCGACCAUCACGAACUCGAGAGAGAUUUGGCAUACAACCCAUACCACCUCACCUCAACACUCCCGAUACUCACGAAACCUACAUUCCACACUCUUAAACGACCCGCAAACGAAACGCAAUACUUCACAACCUACAAAUUUUAUCCCACCACCACACAAAAACCUUUUUACCAACCUUCAAUAAUACCAACCUUUUUAAUCAACCAAAUUUAUUUCGAACACAACGGCGUCUGAGAAACGGAGAGCAGGAGAAGCGGAGAGCAAGCGGAGGAGUCAGGCAUACAUGCAUAACGGCGUUUUUCACACCAAUCGAUUUCCACUUUGCGGACAAUCGAUUGGGGAUGGCGGGCAGGAGGGGAUAAUAAGGGAUGGGCGAUAGUAAUCACAUACAAUAAUGAUGCGCCACAUGGCGCGGGGGCCCGGGGAGGGGGGGUGAAAAUGAAACGGUCGCUACAGGCUGCUGGGGGAUGGAUGUAUAGAACACUCGCUUUGUGUGUAUAGAAAGGCGGGGAUGAGCAUGGGGAGAGACAGUCUUGGCUGGUCCCGAGAUGAGAUGCUUGGAAUGGAGAUAUUAC